AUGGCGCCGGCCACCCUGGCCUUAGCUGCAUCGGAGGCCAGCACCGCCAUCAAACAAGCCGCUAUCCCGCUCCCCUCCGCUGAGCAAACGGCCAAGGCCGACGCCGAACGGCGGCAGUGCUGGCACGAGCUGCGCAACGUGGUGCGGCAGAUCUACGCCGAGGUGAAGGCCAACAACGAGUACGAGGAAGGGUUCAGCAUCUCCUUCGAACGGACCUACAACAUGGUCUACCGGCUGUGCAAGCACAACCCGGAGACGCUCUUCCGCAAGCUGGAGAAGGAGGCCCAGAACUGGCUCGAGGUCCUGCGCGAGCGCCUCGUCGCUCAGCUCUCCACCACCUCUGUGGCGAGCGUGGACCGGGCGCACAAGUUUUUGCUCGCGGUGCAGAAGAAGUACGACGACCUCUGCGCGGCGAACGAGGUGUUCAACGGCGUUUUCAUCUACCUUCACAACUGCUUCCUCAAGCAGUUCGACAUCACCUUUGCUGAUGUCAACAAGGGCCUGUUCUGGGAAACGGUCUACCUGGACCCCAUUUUGCAAAUCAAUCUGCCGCGCCUCAAGUCGCAACUCAAGCGGAGCGAUCCGGUCCUCCAGCAGUACAUGAACUUCGAGAAGAAGCUCAAGGAGACCCGCUCCCGGUGGCGGCAGCUCAAGAAGCGACUCGACCAAUACACUCUCGAGAAGCAACGGGAGGCCCGAUUGCGAGCCGAGUGUCAGCAGCUCCAGCGGCGGUGGCAGAAACUGGAGGAGCAGCACCGCGCCGGCGAAAUCCCCGACAUCGACCCCGAAGCCAUCGCUGAGCAUAUUCACAGCUGUCCGUUCUGCUUCCACCAGCACCUGUCGGCCAUGACCAAGAAGGGUGAGGACUGCUGCGCGGCCCACACAAACACGCGACACGUCGUAGCCGGUGCCGCGGCCGCCAGCGUUGACUUUGUCGGCCACGCCGCGGCCGCCGCCGGCGUCAAUCCCUACCACAACCCGUGCUGCUCGGCCUCCUGCGUCUAUGGUGAUCCCAUGGCGUCGGGGCAUUCGAUGUACUCGACGGGCGAGGAGCUGGACGAUGAUGAGGACGACGACGAGGACGACGAGGGCGAGGAGCUGGACGACGACGACGAAGAUGACGAGGACGAGUACGAGACCAGCAUCCCCGCUUCUGCGGCCAUUCCGCACUGCCAGGCGCCGGGCCACAACACGUGCGGGACCGAUCCCCGAAACGGAAAGACGAAACACGCAGGUACACACCAUCGCACACGCACCUCGCCUCACCGCACACACGCACCCCACCGCACACACAAGCACGCGCGCACUCGCGUAUUCAUCCUCUAA